UUCUCGGCACACAGCAAUGGCAGCUUCGCCCGUCAAUUUCCUCUUCUUUUUCUUGGUCAUUUGCAUCACAUUGUGGCUCUUCUUCAUUUUUGCUUCAAGGUUGCUGGCUUGGAUUUUGAGCCGUGUAGUAGGAGCAUCUAUCAGAUUUCGGUUUGGAGGGUGGAAAUGUAUAAGGGAUCUCGUGGUGGAGUUUAAAAAGGGUGCUAUUGAAUCUGUUUCUGUUGGUGAAAUUAAACUCAGCUUACGUCAGUCCUUGGUCAAACUAUUUGGUUUUAUUUCUAAAGACCCUAAGCUGCAAGUGUUAAUAUGUGACAUAGAAGUUGUAAUGAGGCCUUCAAAUAGAAGUACGCCAAAGGCUAAAUCUCGAAGGGAUCCAUCUCGAAGACCCCGUCAGUCAGGCCGAGGAAAGUGGAUGAUGGUUGUGGCUAAUAUUGCGAGAUAUUUGUCGGUUUCCAUCACAGAUUUGGUUUUGAAGAUGCCCAAAGCAUCUAUUGAGGUUAAGGAACUGAAAGUGGACAUAUCUAAAGAUGGCCAAUCCAAGCAAAAUCUUAUUGUUAAGCUACAGAUAUCACCUAUUGUUGUUCAGAGGAGUGAACCACGGGUUAGUUGUGACCAGUUAUCCAAUUUUUGCACCGGAGGAUCCCUUUCUGCAAGCCAGUCAUCAUCUUCCAUGAUGGACAGGUCGUCUGCUCUUUUUAUCUGUGAAGAUUUCGCCCUCUCUUGCGAAUUUGGUCAUGAUAGGGAAGUUGGUGUAAUUAUCAAGAAUGUGGACGUUGCCUGUGGAGAGAUCGCUGUGAACCUUAAUGAGGAGCUGCUUUCGAAAAGCAAAAGUUCAUCACACACUUCUUCUCAACCUGAUACGGCUAUAGGGUCGACUAUUGAUUCUGUUGCUUCAAAAAAGCCACACAAAAAACAACAAAUGAUUGCUACACUCUCAAAAUACACCUCUUUAUGUCCAGAAAAGGUUUCCUUCAGUUUACCAAAAUUGGACGUGAGAUUUGUACAUCGGGAAUAUGAUCUAUCUGUUGACAAUAACAUCAUGGGCAUCCAAUUAAAAAGCAUCAAAUCACAAUCAAGUGAAGACGUGGGGGAAACUACACGCCUUGAUGUUCAAUUGGAUUUCAGUGAGAUUCAUCUGCUUAGAGAAGCUGGCACUUCUGUUUUGGAGAUACUGAAAGUUGAUGUUGCCUCAUUAUUUUACAUUCCAAUACAGCCAACCUCGCCUAUUAGAGCUGAAAUUGAUGUAAAGCUGGGAGGAACUCAAUGCAAUGUUAUAAUGAAUCGAUUAAAGCCGUGGUUGCGCCUCCAUUUUUCAAAAAAGAAAAGAAUGGUGCUUCGGGAGGAAACUUCAACUCUCGACAAGCCACCACCAACUGAUACCAAAGCCAUCAUGUGGACGUGUACUGUUUCAGCCCCUGAGAUGACUAUUGUGCUUUAUAGUAUCAGUGGUUUGCCAUUGUAUCAUGGUUGCUCUCAAUCAUCGCAUGUAUUUGCGAAUAACAUUUCAAAUACAGGAACUACUGUACAUAUGGAACUUGGUGAACUAAAUUUGCACAUGGCAGAUGAAUACCAAGAAUGCUUGAAAGAGAGCCUUUUUGGUGUAGAAUCGAAUUCAGGUUCUUUAAUUAAUGUUGCAAAGGUUAGUCUAGACUGGGGCAAAAAGGACAUGGAAUCAUCUGAAGAAGAUGGUGCUAAAAGUAAAUUGGUUUUAUCUGUUGAUGUGACUGGUAUGGGUGUCUUUUUCACAUUCAAGCGUGUUGAGUCGCUUAUAUCAACUGCCAUGUCCUUUCAAGCACUUUUGAAAAAUAUGUCUUCUUCUGAAAGAAGAACAUCACAAAGCCGGGGGCGUUCGUCCAAGUCAUCAGGGAAAGGGACUCGGCUCUUGAAAUUAAAUCUUGAAAGGUGUUCUGUGAAAUAUUGUGGUGAGGCGGGUUUAGAAAAUACUGUUGUUGCAGAUCCCAAGCGUGUAAAUUAUGGAUCACAGGGUGGUCGAGUUGUAAUAAGUACCUCAGAUGAUGGAACACCCCGGGUUGCAGACGUAAUGUCCACAAUAUCUGAUAAGCACAAGAACUUGAGGUACUCCAUUUCUCUUGACAUCUUCCAUUUAAGUUUGUGUGUGAACAAGGAGAAACAGUCCACACAGAUUGAACUUGAAAGAGCGAGAUCUGUCUAUCAGGACCACUUGGAGGAACAUAAGCCGGAAACGAAAGUGGCAUUGUUUGACAUGCAGAAUGCUAAAUUUGUACGGCGUUCUGGUGGUCUUAAGGAGGUUGCUGUCUGCUCUCUUUUCAGUGCUACUGAUAUUACGGUUAGGUGGGAGCCUGAUGUACAAUUAUCGCUAGUUGAACUUGGGCUACAAUUGAAGUUACUUGUACAUAAUCAGAAGCUUCAGGGACAUGGUAAUGAACAUAUGGAAGAUGUCAUGAGAGGUUCUGAACAGAAGAAAGAAGCCAUUGCAGAACCAGUAAAUUUAGAAAAGCACAAGAAAAAGGAAUCUAUUUUUGCUGUCGAUGUGGAAAUGUUGUCUAUUUAUGCCGAGGUUGGGGAUGGGGUUGAUGCAAUGGUUCAGGUACAAUCAAUUUUUUCUGAGAAUGCCCGUAUAGGAGUACUUCUUGAAGGGCUUAUGCUUUGUUUCAAUGGGUCCAGAGUAUUCAAAAGUAGCCGGAUGCAAAUUUCACGUAUUCCUAGUGCCUCAUGUCCAUCUGAUGCAAAAGUACCUAUAUCUACGACGUGGGAUUGGGUAAUUCAAGGCCUUGAUGUUCAUAUUUGCUUGCCAUACAGGUUACAAUUGCGUGCUAUUGAUGAUUCUGUUGAAGAAAUGUUGCGCGCUUUGAAGCUUGUAAUUGCUGCUAGAACUAGUGUUAUCUUUCCCAUGAAGAAGGAUACCUCAAAACCUAAGAAGCCUAGUUCAAUAAAGUUUGGCUCUCUAAAGUUCUGCAUACGAAAGAUAACUGCUGAUAUUGAAGAAGAGCCACUGCAAGGCUGGCUUGAUGAACACUAUCAGCUGAUGAAGAAUGAGGCAUCUGAGUUAGCUGUUAAGUUGAAAUUUCUUGAUGAAUUUGUUUCCAAAGUCAAUCAGUUUCCUAAAACCACUGAAACAAUUGAUUCUACUCAAGAAAGACUGACUUUCCUUAAUGGAGUUGAGAUUGACAUCCGAGAUCCUUCCGCAGUUAGCAAGAUGCAAGGAGAAAUCUAUAAACAAUCAUUCAGAUCAUAUUACAAGGCAUGCCAGAAUCUAGCACCAUCAGAAGGUUCAGGUGCCUGUAGGGAAGGGUUUCAGGCUGGUUUUAAGCCAAGUACUUCCAGAAAUUCUCUUCUUUCCAUAACAGCAAGAGAUUUGGAUGUAAGCUUGACAAGGAUUGAUGGUGGAGAUGAUGGGAUGAUAGAGGUUAUAAAGACGCUGGAUCCUGUUUGUCGUGACAAUGAUAUACCAUUUUCUCGACUGUAUGGGAGUAAUCUUCUUGUGCAUGCAGGCUCUGUUGUCGUUCAGCUGCGUAACUAUGCAUCUCCUCUUUUGUGUGGUGCUUCUGUUAAAUGUGAAGGCCGUCUUGUGCUAGCACAACAGGCAACAAGUUUUCAGCCUCAAAUACACAAAGAAGUUUAUAUUGGGAGAUGGAGAAAGGUGAACUUGCUUCGUUCUGCUAGUGGCACAACUCCACCCAUGAAAACAUUUACAGAUUUGUCCGUACAUUUUCAGAAAGCAGAAGUGUCCUUUGGAGUGGGAUAUGAACCUGCUUUUGCUGAUGUGAGUUAUGCUUUUACUGUGGCUCUUCGCAGGGCUAAUCUAUGUGUUAGGAACCCCAAUCCACCACCCAUUCCCCCCAAAAAGGAAAAGAACUUACCGUGGUGGGAUGAUAUGAGGAAUUAUAUUCAUGGGAACAUCAACUUAUUAUUUUCUGAAACAAUAUUUAAUAUUCUUGCGACUACUGAUCCUUAUGAAAAGCUUGACAAACUUCAAGUAAUAACUGGUUCUAUGGAGAUUCAGCAGUCAGAUGGCCGUGUUUAUGUUUCUGCAAAUGAUUUUAAGAUUUUCUUAAGCAGUUUAGAGAGUUUGGCAAAUAGUCGUGGUUUAAAACUUCCUAAAGGUAUAUCCGGUGCAUUGCUGGAAGCUCCAGCCUUUACAGUUGAAGUUACGAUAGGUUGGGAAUGUGAAUCUGGCAAUCCCAUGAAUCAUUAUUUAUUUGCGUUUCCUGUUGAAGGAAGAGCUCGUGAAAAGGUUUUUGAUCCAUUCAGAUCAACCUCUCUGUCCCUUCGCUGGACUUUUUCUCUUAGACCCUCUCCAUCACGUGAGAAACAAGGCCUCUAUUCUACUGAGGCAGGUAGUACUGAUGUAGAUGGAACUGUUUAUGGUCCUCCUCAUAAAGAUGACAAUGUUCCCAUUCUUUCACCAACAGUGAAUGUUGGCGCUCAUGAUCUAGCAUGGUUGAUAAAAUUUUGGAACAUGAAUUAUCUCCCUCCUCACAAAUUGCGGUCCUUUGCUCGCUGGCCUCGUUUUGGAGUUCCAAGAGUUCCUAGAUCUGGUAACUUGUCGUUGGACAGAGUGAUGACCGAAUUUAUGCUCCGGAUUGACGCUGCACCUACUUGUAUAAAGCAUAUGCCGCUAGAUGAUGAUGAUCCAGCUAAAGGACUGACAUUCAAGAUGACAAAGCUGAAAUGUGAAAUGUGUUAUAGUCGUGGUAAGCAAAAGUAUACUUUUGAAUGCAAGCGUGACCCCCUUGAUCUUGUUUACCAGUGUUUCGACCUUCAUAUGCCUAAGGCAUUUUUAAAUAAAGAAGAAAGCACUAGUGUUGCAAAGGUAGUUCAAUUGACAAUAAAAAAUUCACAAUCUGCAUCUACGGAUAGAGUUCCCAAUGAAAAAAGUAACAAUGUGAGUAGCUGCACAGAGAAGCAUCGUGAUGAUGGAUUUCUAUUGUCAUCUGAUUAUUUCACAAUCAGAAGGCAGGCCCCAAAAGCUGACCCAUCUAGGUUAUUAGCCUGGCAAGAGGCUGGAAGAAGAGAUCUAGAGAUGACAUAUGUGAGGUCUGAGUUUGAAAACGGGAGUGAGAGUGAUGAGCAUACUCGAUCUGAUCAUAGUGAUGAUGAUGGAUACAAUGUGGUAAUAGCUGACAAUUGUCAGCGUAUAUUUGUUUAUGGCCUCAAGCUUUUGUGGACUAUUGAGAAUAGAGAUGCUGUUUGGUCCUUUGUUGGUGGUUUAUCCAAAGCAUUUCAGCCACCAAAACCUUCUCCUUCUAGGCAGUAUGCACAAAGGAAAUUACAUGAAGAGCACAAGGCACAUAGUGGAGGUGAAAGGCAACAAGAUGGUAGCUCUAAGCCCCCUACUACCAGCCAUGGGGUUACUUCUUCUUCUGUCGAGCAUGCGGAGACCUCUGGUUCACUUUUAUCUCCAUCACAUCCAGUUAAAUUGGAGAACUCAUCAUCUGCCGCUGAGAACUCGUCAUCUGCUGCAGUUGGGAACUCGUCAUCUGUUGCAUCUGGGAACUCAUCAUCAUCUGUUUCAGUUGGGAACUCAUCAUCAUCUGUUGCAGUUGCAAAGAAUAGAGACACAAGUGAUUCCGAAGAGGAUGGGACUCGGCAUUUCAUGGUGAAUGUUAUUGAGCCUCAAUUUAAUCUUCAUUCAGAAGAUGCCAAUGGAAGAUUUCUGCUUGCUGCAGUUAGUGGCCGGGUUUUGGCCCGGUCAUUUCAUUCAGUCCUUCAUGUUGGUUAUGAGGUGAUUGAGCAAGCACUUGGUACUGGGAAUGUAAAUAUUCCUGAAUGUGAACCUGAAAUGACAUGGAAACGCAUGGAGUUUUCUGUAAUGCUGGAGCAUGUUCAAGCUCAUGUUGCACCAACUGAUGUUGAUCCAGGGGCUGGAUUGCAGUGGCUUCCAAAAAUUCGUAGAAGCUCUCCAAAAGUAAAACGUACUGGUGCAUUACUUGAGAGAGUAUUUAUGCCCUGUGAUAUGUACUUCCGGUACACAAGGCACAAAGGUGGAACUCCAGAGUUAAAGGUGAAGCCCUUGAAAGAGCUGACUUUCAAUUCUCAUAAUAUUACGGCAACAAUGACCUCUCGCCAGUUUCAGGUUAUGCUGGAUGUGUUGACAAAUCUUCUCUUUGCACGGCUUCCCAAGCCUCGAAAAAGUAGUCUGUCACUUCCUGCUGAAGAUGAUGAAGAUGUGGAGGAGGAGUCCGAUGAGGUGGUUCCCGAUGGUGUUGAAGAGGUAGAGCUUGCAAAAGUGGACCUUGAGCAGAAAGAGCGGGAGCAGAAAUUGAUUCUUGGUGAUAUACGGAAAUUGUCUCUUCGGUGUGAUACCACUGGAGACCUAUAUCCAGAAAAGGAGGGGGACUUGUGGAUGAUAAAUUGUACAAGAUCCACUCUGGUGCAAGGACUAAAAAGAGAGCUUGUUAAUUCAAAAAAAUCAAGGAAAGCAUCAUAUGCAUCUUUAAGAAUGGCUCUACAUAAGGCUGCACAGCUACGGCUGAUGGAAAAGGAGAAGAACAAAAGUCCAUCAUAUGCUAUGCGCAUUUCUUUGCAAAUUAACAAAGUGGUUUGGAGCAUGCUUGUUGAUGGUAAAUCGUUUGCGGAGGCUGAGAUCAAUGACAUGAUUUAUGACUUUGACCGGGAUUACAAGGAUGUUGGUGUUGCUCAGUUUACAACGAAAAAUUUUGUUGUCAGAAACUGCCUGGCAAAUGCCAAGUCAGAUAUGCUUUUAUCAGCAUGGAAUCCUCCUCCUGAAUGGGGAAAGAAAGUUAUGCUUCGCGUGGAUGCAAAGCAGGGAGCUCCCAAGGAUGGAAAUUCUCCUCUUGAACUUUUCCAGGUAGAGAUUUACCCCCUCAAGAUCCAUUUAACAGAGACAAUGUACAGAAUGAUGUGGGGAUAUUUAUUCCCAGAAGAAGAACAAGAUUCACAGAGACGGCAGGAAGUUUGGAAGGUUUCAACAACCGCUGGUGCAAAACGUGUGAAGAAAGGCUCUUUAAUCCCGGACACUUCUGCUUCAAGCAGUCAGACAAUUAAAGAGUCUGAGGCCGCAUCCAAAUCAAGUGCCUUUGCCCCUCCUACGAGUCAAUCCUCUGUUCAUGCAGAUUCUGUGCAAGAAUCAAAAUUGCAAAACCUAAAAGCAACAAUUGUUAGUAGUCCAACCCGAGAAUUGAGACGAACAUCUUCCUUUGACAGAUCAUGGGAAGAGACUGUGGCAGAGUCAGUUGCUACAGAACUUGUCUUACAGAGCAUUACUGGGCCACUUGGUUCUGGUGAACCAGAUGAGUCCUCGAAGAAUAAAUUGAAAGAACCCAAAGCUAUCAAAUCUGGCAGGUCAUCCCAUGAAGAAAAGAAGGUGGCAAAGUCACAGGAAGAGAAAAGAUCCAGGCCUCGGAAGAUGAUGGAGUUCCACAACAUCAAGAUAAGCCAGGUUGAGCUAUGUGUUACUUAUGAAGGAUCGAGAUUUGUUGUAAAUGAUCUUAAGUUGCUAAUGGAUACAUUUCACCGUGUUGAGUUCACUGGUACUUGGCGCAGACUCUUUUCACGGGUUAAGAAGCAUAUCAUUUGGGGAGUCUUGAAGUCUGUGACAGGAAUGCAGGGUAAGAAGUUCAAAGACAAGGCUAAUAGUCAGAGGGAACCCAGUGGAUCUGGUGUUCCUGAUAGUGACCUUAAUUUCAGCGACAAUGAAGGUCAGCCAGGACAACCUGACCAGCUUCCAAUAACCUUUCUCAAGCGUCCUAGUGAUGGAGCAGGUGAUGGAUUUGUCACUUCCAUCAGAGGCCUUUUCAAUACUCAACGACGCAAGGCCAAGGCAUUCGUCCUGCGGACCAUGAGGGGUGAAGCAGAGAAUGAUUUCCAAGGAGAUUGGAGUGAAAGCGAUGUAGAGUUCUCUCCAUUUGCUAGGCAGCUUACUAUAACAAAAGCGAAGAGACUCAUCAGGCGCCACACAAAAAAGUUCCGUUCAAGAAAAGGUUCGUCCUCCCAACAGAGAGAUUCACUUCCGUCAUCUCCGAGGGAGACCACUGCAUUUGAGAGUGAUUCUUCCAGUGGUGGAUCCUCACCCUACGAGGAUUUUAAUGAGGGAAGCAUUAUGGCCUCCAAAGAGAUUCCUUGAAGGCAGUUUUGAGAGUACAGGACGGGGUCCAUUUCAUUCCCAGUCGAGCACGGAGCAGAACUGAGAUAAUUAUAAAUUCUGACUCAGGUGAUCACUCAUGGUGAAGAAAGACAGAGUUCAGAUGUUGUGUUUAUCUUCCAAAGAAGCAUGCGUUCCUUGAUAUUGAUUUUGAGAACAUGCAUUGGUGUAGGAGAAUUGAUUAACUUAGAGCACUGUGGAUUGGAGCUACUGCCUCUUUCGCCUUAAAGUCCUUUGACUUAGGAUAUAAUUCCUUUUGCCUCAACCGGCUGUUUGUGUAGUUUGUAGUUUGAGUUGAAGAAUAGAGGCUCCUAAAUUUUUACUUGAGCUAGGUGAAUUUCCAUAAAUCUGUACAUAGAUUCAAAUAUAUAUAAAUACUAGAAAAUAAAAUCAAAGCAUAAUUUCU